UGACAUACAAAUUUGCUUGCAAGUUAUACAUCAUAUGGCGACAAGCAAAAAAUAAAGCUGAAAGAAAAUUCCUUUAUAGCAAAUAUAAAAACACGAAGACGAAAAAAAGUGCAUUUGUUGCUAUUUUCAUUAAUGAUCUUUUUAUAAUGAAAAUAAACUGACCAAAAUAAUACUUUCUUAUUUCUUUUUUUUAUUAGCAAGUAAAUACAACGAAUCUAAGUGCAAAAGCGUCUUAGAGUCGAUGAGAAAGUGCUGUGAUAAAUUUGGAAGACUAUCCAAAGUGUGCCAAGGAUUUAUAAAAGAAGAAGAGAAAUUAAAGAAAAAUGGAUCAUAAUCAUCAAUGUUCUGCUCAGUAUAGUUCAUCUGUACAACAAUCAAUAGCUGAGAUGGAAUUUGAAAGGGGUAUUUGGGAACCUGCCGUGUCUGGUGACUAUAAUGAAGUAAAAAAAUUUAUAUCAAAGGGCGUUGAUGUAAAUAGGCCGGAUCAAUCAGGAUACACAGCCUUGCAUUACGCCAGUAGAAAUGGUCAUGAAGAUGUCUGCAGUUUAUUGUUAAAGCAUGGAGCCUUUGUAAAUGCUACCACAAGAAGCGGUAACUCGACCAGCUUACACAGAGCAAGCUCUACCGGAAAAAAGUCUAUUGUAGAAUUACUAAUUAAAAAUACGGCUGAAAUAAAAGCUAUAGAUAGCGAUGGAAAAACGGCUUUACAUAAGGCUGCCGAAAAUCAACAUAAAGACAUUAUUGAUUAUCUACUGUCAGUUUGUCCCGAGUUGAAAGAUGUUAAAGACAAUAAGGGAAAAUCUUUCGACUAUUAUCUCAAAAGUUGAAUAAUAACUACCACCUUGAUUAGCAAUUGCAGAUAUCCAUUUUAUUAACAAUCCAUGAAUAUUCCGCAAGUGCCAAACUAGGAAGAAGUCAUGUGACAAUAAAUAAAUAUAUUUCAUUAUUGUAAUAGUUUGUACAAUUUAGGAAAAAUAUAAAGUUUAUUUAAAGUUCCCAAAGUUCGUAUCUGAGCAUUCUUUAAUCUGGUCUUCGGUAUUCAAAAGAUCAUUUAAAGAUAAUCUCAUUUUCUGGGAGGUUUCCUGAUAACAAUUAAAAGCUAGAUUUUACAAAUAAACAAAGGAGAAUGACUGAUAAAUAUUUACCUGCAAUUUCACAUAUGUUAACUUGAUUUGAUCAUUAAGAUUCUUUAUUCUAUCGGCAGAUUUUAUGAAACUUUCACAUUUAUAAGAUACAAUAUCUGAUCUCAAUUUCAUAUUUUUUUCAA